CGCCCCAUCACUGGUGUCAGUGGGAGGAAUAGCGCCCCAUCAUUGGUGUCAGUGGAAGGAAUAGCGCCCCAUCAUUGGUGUCAGUGGGAGGAAUCGUGCCCCAUCAUUGGUGUCAGUGGGAGGAAUAGCGCCCCGUCUUUGGUGUCAGUGGGAGGAAUCGUGCCCCAUCAUUGGUAUCAGUGGGAGGAAUCGUGCCCCGUCUUUGGUGUCAGUGGGAGGAAUCGUGCCCCGUCAUUCGUGUCAGUGGGAGGAAUAGUGUCCCAACAUUGGUGUCAGUGGGAGGAAUAGUACCCCAUCAUUGGUGUCAGUGGGGGAAGGAAUAGUGUUCCAUCAUUGGUGUCAGUGGGGGCGGGGGAGAAUUAGUGCCCCAUCGUUGGUGUCAGUGGGGGGGGAGGAAUAUUGCCCCAUCAUUGGUGUCAGUGGGAGGAAUA